AUGCCUUCAUUCAUAUUAUUAAAUUAUUAUGAAGAAAGGUUGUGUUUUCUAAAAGACAGUGCUAUCAAUGUGAAGCUCCGGGGAGCGCACGUAAAAUCACGGUCAAAUGAAAAUAGAAGUGGUGAAGAAAAUGUUGCAUUGGGAAGAAACACCGCCCAGAGUUCUAAUUAUUCUACUAGUUACUCAUCGUUAGCUGUAGAUGGUAAUACUAACAGUGAUUUUAAACAGGGAUCUUGUACUCAUACCUUCAAUCCUGGUAUCAAUUGGUGGUGUGUUGAUUUACAGAAAGAUGUUAACUUUCAAAACAUCAAAAUAUACAACAGAAAAACAUAUCAAUUCAGAUUACAAGGUUUUGAGCUAAGAUUAAGUUCUAAUGGUAGAUGUAAUUAUAAUGGAUAUCAACAAUCUACAGUUUGUUAUAAAGAUACUAGUACAACAACACAAAAUAUCUACAAUAUAAACAGUUGUAAUCAACAACAAAAUAUACAGUUUAAUGGUAGUAUAGUAUAUAUUAGUGUAGAAAAUCCCGACCAAGCAGGAGACAAAUACCUCGCACUCUGUGAAGUAGAAAUAUUUGAAAAAUGUGGAAGUAAUUGUAAAGAUGGCUGUGAUUCUAGUGGUAAUUGUAACAAUUGUAUUUUUGGUUACCAUGGUAAUAAAUGUGCUACACCAUGUCCUACUAAUUGUAAUAGUGGUUGUAUCCAGAAUAAUGGUGAUUGUAAAGCUUGUAAAAAAGGUUUCUGGGGUAUGAAAUGUAAUGUCAACUGUAAUAAAUGUAAACAAGGAUGUCAACAGAAUAACGGAUAUUGUAAUAAUGGUGGAUGUAUUUCUGGUUAUUAUGGUAAUAAAUGUGAUACACCAUGUCCUACUAAUUGUAAUGGUGGUUGUAUCCAGAAUAAUGGUGAUUGUGAAGUUUGUAAUGACGGUUAUUGGGGUAUAAAAUGUCAGAAACAAUGUCCUACAAACUGUAGACUGUCUAAAUGUGAUAAGAACAAUGGAUACUGUAGUGAAUGUAAGAAUUAUUAUAGAGAUGGUAGAUGUACUGUAGGAUGUAUUAAUGGUAGAUAUGGUAAUAAUUGUGAUGGUAAAUGUAGUACAGGUUGUAAUAAUGGUACAUGUAAUAGAAAUGAUGGUAGUUGUAUAUCUGGUUGUAUUUCUGAAAGUGGAAUAUCACCACUAGUUGCUGGUAUUAUUGGUGCCCUGAUUUCAAUGGUUGUAGUACUGAUUGUCAACUUGGUAUAUUGCUGUCUAAAAAAUAAAAGACAUGAACGGGAUAAUUCAAGUGACAGAACAGUUAGAUAUACAUCUUCAGAUAAUGUAGAGACUACCAGACCUUCAUAUGAGAAUAUACAACAAGAUGUUACCAAACCAUCAUAUGAGAAUAUACAACAAGAUGUUACCAGACCUUCAUAUGAGAAUGCACAACAAGAUGUUACCAGAUCUCAAGUUGAAACUGCUGAAGAAUGUGGAAGUAAUUGUAAUGGUCUCUGUAAGUCUAAUGGUUUCUGUAACAACUGUACUUCUGGUUAUUAUGGUGAUAAAUGUGAUAAACCGUGUUCUACUAAUUGUAAUGAUGGAUGUCGACAGAGUGAUGGUUAUUGUAUCAAUGGAUGUAAACCAAGGUACAGAGGAAAUACUUGUAACAGAAGAUGUCAAAGAAACUGUUAUCAAUGUCAACAAACUGGUUAUUCCUGUAUAGAAUGUAACCCUGGAUAUUGGAAUUAUCAAUGUCAGAAUACCUGUAGAAACUGUAAUAAUAGAUGUCAGAAGAGUAAUGGUAACUGUACUGGUGGAUGUAAAAAAGGUUUCUGGGGUAUGAAAUGUAAUGUCAACUGUAAUAAAUGUAAACAAGGAUGUCAACAGAAUAACGGAUAUUGUAAUAAUGGUGGAUGUAUUUCUGGUUAUUAUGGUGAUAAAUGUGAUAAACUAU